AGGGGACCCGCGGACAGGACGCCGGCAGGCGGAGGGGUGCGCGGCGCGCGCGCAGAGCGUCUCCCUCCGCUGCGCAGCGAGACCCGGGCCUCGCGGCCCCAGGAGCCCCCGGCUGCCUCGCCAGGUGCGCGGCACUGAAGUUCUCGCGGAAGGGAGUCCAACUCUUCGAGGUGAACUAUGACCACUUUACUCUUGGUGUUUGUGACUCUGAGGGUCAUUACAGCAGCCAGCGCAAUAGAAGCUUCAGACCCUGACAACUCGCUGAGUGUCAGCAUCCCCGAACCGUCCCCCCUGCGGGUCCUCCUGGGGAGCUCCCUCACCAUCCCCUGCUACUUCAUCGACCCCAUGCACCCCGUGACCACCGCCCCCUCCACCGCCCCCCUCUCCCCAAGAAUCAAGUGGAGCCGCAUUUCCAAGGAGAAGGAGGUAGUGUUGCUAGUGGCCACGGAAGGGCAGGUGCGGGUUAACAGUGCCUACCAAGACAAGGUCUCGCUGCCCAACUAUCCGGCCAUCCCCAGCGACGCCACCUUGGAAAUCCAGAACCUGCGUUCCAAUGACUCUGGGAUGUACCGCUGUGAGGUUAUGCACGGCAUUGAGGACAGCGAGGCUACCCUGGAGGUCGUGGUGAAAGGCAUCGUGUUCCAUUACAGAGCUAUCUCCACACGCUACACGCUGGACUUUGACAGGGCACAGCGGGCCUGCCUGCAGAACAGUGCCAUCAUCGCCACACCCGAACAGCUGCAGGCUGCCUACGAGGACGGCUUCCACCAGUGCGAUGCUGGCUGGCUGGCCGACCAGACUGUCAGGUACCCCAUCCACACUCCGAGGGAAGGCUGUUAUGGGGACAAGGAUGAGUUUCCGGGCGUGAGGACAUACGGCAUCCGAGACACCAAUGAGACCUAUGAUGUGUACUGCUUCGCUGAAGACAUGGAAGGCGAGGUCUUCUAUGCGACAUCUCCGGAGAAGUUCACCUUCCAGGAGGCAGCCAAUGAGUGUCGGCGGCUGGGCGCCCGGCUGGCCACCACGGGCCAGCUCUACCUGGCCUGGCAGAGCGGCAUGGACAUGUGCAGUGCUGGCUGGCUGGCCGACCGCAGUGUGCGCUACCCCAUCUCCAAAGCCCGGCCCAACUGCGGGGGCAACCUGCUGGGCGUGAGGACCGUCUACCUGCAUGCCAACCAGACGGGCUACCCUGACCCCUCAUCCCGCUAUGACGCCAUCUGCUACACAGGUGAAGACUUUGUGGACAUCCCAGAAAACUUCUUCGGGGUGGGUGGUGAGGAGGACAUCACCAUCCAGACAGUGACCUGGCCUGAUGUGGAGCUGCCUCUGCCCCGAAACGUCACCGAGGGUGAAGCCCGAGGCAACGUGAUCCUUACUGUGAAACCCAUCUUUGAUGUCUCCCCCACUAUCCCGGAGCCCGAGGAGCCCUUCACGUUCGUCCCCGAAGUAGGGGCCACUGCCUUCCCUGAGGCUGAGAACAGGACUGGAGAGGCCACCAGGCCCUGGGGUGUCCCCGAGGAGUCCACGCCUGGCCUGGCCUUCACCGCCUUCACCAGCGAGGACCAUGUCGUGCAGGUGACCGCAGUCCCAGGCGCCACCGAGGUUCCCGGGCGGCCACGAUUGCCAGGGGGGGUUGUGUUCCACUACCGGCCAGGCUCUGCCCGCUACGCCCUGACGUUUGCGGAAGCUCAGCAGGCCUGCCUGCGCACCGGGGCAGUGAUCGCCUCCCCGGAGCAGCUCCAGGCCGCCUAUGAAGCAGGCUACGAGCAGUGUGAUGCUGGCUGGCUGCAAGACCAGACUGUCAGAUACCCCAUCGUGAGCCCACGAACCCCAUGUGUGGGUGAUAAAGACAGCAGCCCGGGAGUCAGGACCUACGGCGUCCGGCCACCGUCAGAAACCUAUGAUGUCUACUGCUACGUGGACAGGCUCGAGGGGGAGGUGUUCUUUGUCACACGCCCGGAACAGUUCACCUUCGAGGAGGCCCUGGCAUUCUGUGAAUCCCACAACGCCACACUGGCCUCCACGGGCCAGCUCUACGCCGCCUGGAGCCAGGGCCUGGACAAGUGCUAUGCUGGCUGGCUGUCCGACGGCAGCCUCCGCUACCCCAUCGUCACCCCGAGGCCCUCCUGUGGCGGAGACAAGCCAGGCGUGAGAACCGUCUACCUUUACCCCAACCAGACAGGCCUCCCAGACCCACUGUCCCGGCAUCAUGCCUUCUGCUUCCGAGGUGUCUCAGCAGCGCCCUCUCCAGAAGAAGAAGAGGGUGGCACAGCCACGCCCUCUGUGGAGGACUGGAUCGCUACCCAGGUGGUGCCUGGUGUGGCUGCUGUCCCCUCCGGAGAGGAGACCACGACAAGCCCAGAAUUCACCACUGAGCCAGAAAACCAGACGGAAUGGGAACUGGCCUACACCCCAGUAGGCACUUCCCCAUCACCAGGGAUCCCUCCAACGUGGCCUCCCACCAGUGCAGCAACAGAGGAGAGCACAGAAGGCCCUUCUGGAACGGAAGUGCCCUCAGCCUCGGAGGAGCCGUCCCCCUCGGAGGAGCCAGGCCCCUCGGAGGAGCCCUUCCCCUGGGAGGAGCCAUCCACACUUGCCCCCCCAGUGCCCAGUGGAACUGAGAUGCCAGGCUCUGGGGAGGCAUCCGGGGUACCCGAAGUCAGUGGUGACUUCACAGGCAGUGGAGAAGUUUCAGGACGUCUGGACUCCAGUGGACAGCCCUCAGGGGAAAUUUCAAGUGGACUGCCCUCUGGAGAUCUUGACUCCAGUGGUCUCACCUCUGCAGUGGGCUCAGGCCUGCCUGUGGAAAGUGGACUGGCCUCCGGGGAUGAAGAUAGAAUUACAGGGCCCAGCAUUCCUAAAGUUGGAGGUGAGGGCCUGGAGACCUCUGCCUCUGGAGUAGGGGACCUCAGCGGGCUGCCUUCUGCAGAAGGCCCAGAAGUCUCUGCCUCUGGAGUAGAGGUCCUCAGCGGGCUGCCUUCUGGAGAAGGUCCAGAAGUCUCUGCCUCUGGAGUAGGGGACCUCAGCGGACUGCCAUCUGGAGAAGGUCCAGAAGUCUCUGCCUCUGGAGUAGGGGAUCUCAGUGGGCUGCCUUCUGGAGAAGGUCCAGAAGUCUCUGCCUCUGGAGUAGAGGUCCUCAGCGGGCUGCCUUCUGGAGAAGGUCCAGAAGUCUCUGCCUCUGGAGUAGGGGACCUCAGCGGGCUGCCAUCUGGAGAAGGUCCGGAAGUCUCUGCCUCUGGAGUAGAGGUCCUCAGCGGGCUGCCUUCUGCAGAAGGUCCAGAAGUCUCUGCCUCUGGGGUAGAGGUCCUCAGUGGGCUGCCUUCUGGAGAAGGUCCAGAAGUCUCUGCCUCUGGAGUAGAGGUCCUCAGCGGGCUGCCUUCUGGAGAAGGUCCAGAAGUCUCUGCCUCUGGAGUAGAGGUCCUCAGCGGGCUGCCAUCUGGAGAAGGUCCAGAAGUCUCUGCCUCUGGAGUAGGGGACCUCAGCGGGCUGCCUUCUGCAGAAGGUCCAGAAGUCUCUGCCUCUGGAGUAGAGGUCCUCAGCGGGCUGCCUUCUGCAGAAGGUCCAGAAGUCUCUGCCUCUGGAGUAGGGGACCUCAGCGGGCUGCCUUCUGGAGAAGGUCCAGAAGUCUCUGCCUCUGGAGUAGAGGUCCUCAGCGGGCUGCCUUCUGGAGAAGGUCCAGAAGUCUCUGCCUCUGGAGUAGAGGUCCUCAGCGGGCUGCCUUCUGGAGAAGGUCCAGAAGUCUCUGCCUCUGGAAUAGGGGACCUCAGUGGACUUCCUUCUGGAAGAGAAGGUCUAGAGACCUCUGCCUCUGGAGUAGGGGACCUCAGUGGGCUGCCUUCUGGAGUAGAGGGUCAUCCAGAGACUUCUGCUUCUGGAGUAGGGGACCUCAGUGAAUUUUAUUCUGGAGGGGAGGGUCUGGAGACCUCUGCUUCUGGAGCUGAGGAACUCAGUGGGUUGCCUUCUGGGAAAGAAGACUUGAUUGGGUCAGCUUCCGGAGACUUGGACUUAGGCAGAAUACCUUCUGGAACUCUAGGAAGUGGGCAAGCUCCAGAAGCAAGUGGUCUUCCAUCUGGAUUUAGUGGUGAGUAUUCUGGGGUGGACCUUGGAAGUGGCCCAUCCUCUGGCCUACCUGACUUUAGUGGACUUCCCUCUGGAUUCCCAACCGUCUCCCUAGUGGAUACUACAUUGGUGGAAGUGGUCACAACCACCACUGCAAGUGAACUGGAAGGGAGGGGGACUAUUGGCAUUAGUGGUGCCGGAGAAACAUCUGGGCUGCCCUCCAGCGAGUUGGACAUUAGUGGGGCAGUUAGCGGACUCCCGUCAGGAGCUGAACUCAGUGGCCAAGCCUCUGGGUCUCCUGACAUCAGUGGGGAAACAUCCGGAUUCUUUGGUGUCAGUGGACAGCCGUCAGGAUUUCCUGACAUCAGCGGGGGAACAUCUGGGCUUUUUGAAGUCAGUGGGCAGGCAUCAGGGUUUUCUGGGGAAACAUCUGCAGUGACUGAGCUCAGUGGACUGGUCUCCGGCCAACCAGAUGUCAGUGGAGAAGCUUCUGGAGUUCUUUCUGGCAGUGGUCAACCAUUUGGCAUAACCGACCUGAGUGGGGAAACAUCUGGGGUCCCUGGUGUCAGUGGCACGACCUCUGGAAUCCCUGACCUGGUUCCCAGUGCCGUGAGUGGCAGCGGUGAAUCUUCUGGCAUUACGUUUGUGGACACCAGUUUGGUCGAAGUGACCCCAACUACAUUUAAAGAAGAAGAAGGCUUGGGGUCUGUGGAACUCAGUGGACUCCCUUCAGGGGAGGCAGGUCUGUCAGGCACAUCUGGGAUCAUGGAUGUCAGUGGACGGUCUUCUGGAGCAGUUGACUCCGGCGGGUUUACCUCCCCGCCUCCAGAAUUCAGUGGCCUGCCAAGUGCAGUAGCUGAGGUCAGUGGAGAAUCCUCCGGGGCAGAGAUCGGGAGCAGCCUGCCCUCAGGAGCAUAUGACGGCAGUGGACUUGCUUCCGGUUUCCCCACUGUCUCUCUUGUAGACAGGACUUUGGUGGAAUCUGUAACCCAGGCUCCAACAGCCCAAGAAGCAGGAGAAGGGCCUUCGGGCAUUGUGGAACUCAGUGGUGCCCAUUCUGGAGCACCAGACGUGUCUGGAGACCAUUCGGGAUUUUUGGACCUGAGCGGGCCGCAGUCCGGGCUGGUGGAGCCCGGUGGGGAGCCAUCAAGUACUCCGUAUUUUAGUGGGGACUUUUCUGGCACUGUGGAUGUAAGUGGCGAAUCUUCUGCGGCCACGGGCACCAGUGGAGAGGCCUCAGGACUUCCAGAAGUCACUUUAAUCACUUCUGAGUUCGUGGAGGGUGUCACUGAACCAACUGUGUCCCAGGAACUUGCACAAAGACCCCCUAUGACACACACACCCCGGCUUUUCGAGUCCAGUGGAGAAGCCUCUGCGUCUGGGGAAAUGAGUGGAGCCACCCCAACGUUCCCCGGGUCUGGGGUAGGAUCGGUCCCGGAAUCCAGCAGCGAGACACCUGCCUUUCCUGAGGCUGGAGCGGGGGCGUCUGCUGCCCCUGAGGUGAGCGGAGGGGCUUCCGGGUCCCCUGAUGUAAGUGAAACCACCCCCACCUUCCCCGACGCUGAUGUGGAGGGAGGCUCAGGCCUGGCGGUGAGCGGCAGCACCUCAGCCUUUCCGGAAGGCCCCGGGGAGGGCUCGGCCACCCCGGAAGCGCGGGAGGAGCCAACCACCACCCACGAUGUGGGCACAGAGGCAUCGGGCUGGGCUUCGGCCACUCCGAUGGCUUCUGGAGACAGGACUGAAAUCGGCAGAGACCUGUCUGGUCACACGUCAGGGCUGGACGUGGUCAUCGGCACUAGCGUCCCAGAGUCUGAAUGGACCCAGCAGACCCAGCGCCCUGCAGAGGCACACCUAGAAAUCGAGUCCUCAAGCCCCUUGCACUCAGGAGAAGAGACCCAAACAGCCACCUUCCCCACAGAUGCUUCCAUCCCAACUCCUCCAGGAGGGACAGAUGAAUCCGCGGCAACCGUUGGAGCCCCUGCCAGGUCCUGUGCCAAGGAGCCCUGUGGUAGUGCAAUCUGCCAGGAGACAGAGGGACACAUCACAGGCCUGUACCCCCCUGGCCCCACCGGCAAGAACUGCAACAUAGACAUUGAUGAGUGCCUCUCAAGCCCUUGUCUGAAUGGAGCCACCUGCGUGGACGCCAUCGACUCUUUCACAUGCUUAUGCCUUCCCAGCUACCGAGGGGACCUGUGUGAGAUUGACCAAGAGCUGUGUGAGGAGGGCUGGACCAAGUUCCAGGGCCACUGUUACCGCUACUUCCCCGACCGCGAGAGCUGGGUGGAUGCAGAGAGCCGGUGUCGGGCACAGCAGUCACACCUGAGCAGCAUUGUCACCCCGGAGGAGCAGGAGUUUGUCAACAACAACGCCCAAGACUACCAGUGGAUCGGCCUGAACGACAGGACCAUCGAAGGGGACUUCCGCUGGUCAGACGGACACUCCUUGCAAUUUGAGAACUGGCGCCCCAACCAGCCGGACAACUUCUUCGUCAGCGGAGAAGACUGCGUGGUGAUGAUCUGGCACGAGAAGGGAGAGUGGAAUGACGUUCCCUGCAAUUACUACCUGCCCUUCACGUGUAAAAAGGGCACAGUGGCCUGUGGAGACCCCCCGGUGGUGGAGCACGCCAGGACCUUCGGGCAGAAGAAGGACCGAUACGAGAUCAACUCCCUGGUUCGGUACCAGUGCACUGAGGGCUUUGUCCAGCGCCAUGUGCCCACCAUCCGGUGCCAGCCCAGCGGGCACUGGGAGCAGCCUCGGAUCACCUGCACAGACCCCUCCACGUACAAGCGCAGACUACAGAAGCGGAGCUCACGGCCCGCCCGGAGGAGCCGCCCCAGCACUGCCCACUGAAAGCAUCCCGGACGCGCCCAGGAUGCUGAGCCCAGGAGCCUCGCCAGGCUGACAUCCCACACGGAUGGGGUCCUCUUCUUGUCGCUUUCUGUCAUAUAAGGAAUUCCAUUAAAGGAGGAAAAAAACAAAUCCCACAUUGUGUAUGCACCCACCCAGCCCCCCGCCCCCUCCCAAAUCGCCAGAACUGCAUCUGAUUUCCCCCCCAGUGCCAAAGCCAAGCAAACGUAUUGUAACCCGUGGACUGAGUUUAGAGACAUUUCUUCAAUCUCCCGUUGUGCCUUUCCAGGGACCAGCGCAGGGACAGGGGGAGAAGGGGAGGGGUUAAGUUAAAUAAAGAAGAUUAUUUUUCGUUUCCUGACUUUA